AUGGCCGAACAGCAGCAUCCGUCGGCGCUGUACCAGCCGGGCGUACAGCUCGCUACUGAUAGGCAUGUUCCCCCAGAGCCGUUUGGGCGCGCCUACAAGAACGCGGAAUCCAUCCGAAAGCCAUUGAGACGGAAUGCCCUGGCCUUGAACAAACAAGCCGAAUCCCAUGUGCUCACUAUAAUCGGCGAUCUGAGCCAACGACGACGUGGCAAGACUGGCGGUCCACGUUUGCUGCGCUGCUAUAUGGACUCUGACCAGUCGGUCCAUUACGUGGCUAAGAUCUACGACGCCAUUUACUAUCCCCUAUCUGACUAUGAAGGCCUUGACUGCAUGUACCUUGCCGACCAAAGCUACAGCCGCGAGGCCGCCGCUUACGAAGUCAUCCCGGCCAAUUUCCAGGGAGCUGUGGUCCCCAAAUACUUCGGCUCGUGGACCUCCUUGGUGGAAUGCAGUGCAUCACCCUCUGCUUUCCGCCCGGUGCGCAUGAUCCUCCUCGAAUUCAUCAGCGGCGAAACUCUGCAAGACAUGAUCUUCCACGCAGGCGCCUACCCCGAGCGGGACGGCAGUAUCGACAUCUCUGAGAUUGACUACCAGCUGCUUCCCCCAGAGCCUGAGCGCCUUGAUGUUCUUGCCACCGUGAUCGAGACCAAGUCCACAGGGCCAUGGGAUGUGCUGGUGUCGCACUCGUCGCCCAGACGCAUCGUCCUCCUCGACUUCCAGACUGCGCUUGUGUUCAGGCGCUGCGAAUGGGGUCAUAAGUUUCUGGAGCGCUAA